AGCCUCCGCCCACUCCCGCGGUUGGCUAGGUUGCUUCAUCGCUUGAAUAGUAGAAACCCAUUUGGAAAAUGGCAACAGACGAGCUGUCCUCAAAACUUAGCCGUCGGCUCCUGAUCGAAGAAGGAGCCGAAGAUCCUGUUGCUGUGGACGUCCUGGGCCAGCAAAAUAUGUCGGAGGAAAAACCAAGUACUGUGAGCGCAGACUCGGAGCUGGGUGCUAAACUGGUGAGGCGAGGAGAGCUGAACGAAGGGGUGGGUGAGCAGUGCCAGCGCAGCCUGAAGGUGUUCAACCCGUACACCGAGUUCAAAGAGUUCUCCCGCAACCAGAUAAAGGAUAUGGAAAGGUUGUUCAAAACGUAUGAUGCUGGGAAAGACAACUACAUUGACCUGAUGGAACUGAAGUUGAUGAUGGAGAAGCUCGGAGCUCCACAGACACACAUCGGUUUAAAGAACAUGAUCAAGGAGGUGGAUGAGGACCUGGACAACAAAUUGAGCUUCAGAGAGUUCCUACUCAUCUUUAGGAAGGCAGCAGCAGGAGAACUAGCAGAGGACAGUGGCCUUGGUGUCCUUGCUCGCCUCUCUGAAAUUGAUGUCUCUACGGAGGGGGUCAAAGGAGCAAAGACUUUCUUUGAAGCCAAGGUCCAGGCCAUCAAUGAGUCCAACCGGUUCGAAGCAGAGAUCCGCCAAGAGCAGGAGGACAAGAAGAAGCAUGUUGAAGAGCAGAAACAGAGACGUACUGCCUUCAAAGAACUGCGCUCAGCCUUCAAGUGAGCUCCUCUCUCCUCCCAAGACCUGUCACUCUGUGCUGCAACCAAUGCUGUCACUUUUUAAAUACGUGUUUGAAAAUUCAAUGUAUGGCAGACAGGGCUAGUCAAACAGAGGUUCAGAGUAUGCUGGUCACUAGACUAUGUACAAUAUGAAAAAUUAAUCUGCCUAGGAUUGUCCUUUCAUUUAGCUCUAACGCAGUAACAUUUUUAAACAGUAACGACACAAGAUUAGUAAAUCCUAGAUAUGCACACACCAAAACAGCCACUUGAUGUGGACGUUAAUCUGUUAACUGUCGCUGAAAUGUGUAAUUUUUUUAAUGUAAAGUGCCACUGCCUUGGCUACCGUGUAUGCCAAUUUGUUAGAGCUUUAUUUGACUUAACUCAAUCCAGAACUCGGUAAAACCACAAUGAAACUUCGCAGACAUGCAAAGCCAUCUUUCAAAAAAAUAAGUUAAUGUGCUACAUUUUUACGGUCAUCUUUGGAAUUGUAUAAGAUAGUUUUGGGUUGGUAUUGAUCUGUUUUGGUAUUUGCUAUGUAGCUGGUCAUUCUUAAGCACCAUUUUUAUUGGCCCUCUGAACAUUAAAUUAAAAAAUAUAUAUUAGGCUCCGUCUUUGAAACAUACAUUUUUAAUCCUAAAGAUUGUUUUUUGGAUUAGCUCAUGGAUAAAUUGUAGCAUCCCUAAGUACGGUAGACAUUACAAAAGUAUUUCACCUACAAAUUAAUAAAAAUAAUAAAGUGAAAAAGAGCUUCAACUUAAUCCGAAGACUUAAACCCUGUCUUGGCUAAGAGCUUAUACUUUAGCCAGGACAACACAAAGCAGCUACUUUGUGCUAACAUCUGUAGUUAACACUGUGUUCUUGUACCUCCUGUUGUCAGCUUGUCCUGUUGUAAACAAAUCAUAGAAUUUUACUAACAAAAGUCCAGUCACCAAAAAACUGCAAUCCCUCCAGCUGCUCCGAUUUGUCCAGGAUGCAGCCAAGUUCCAAGAACAUUACUCUUUGAUAUCCUGUUGAAACCUGCUGCAAACACAGUGGUCAUCCAGCAACGGAAUGUUGACCAGCAGGAUGCCUAGUGCGGAAUGAAACGCACGGCAAGCAGUUUUUUUUCCCCGUAUUUCCAUUUAAAAAUCCCAAAAGGCAUCAACUCCACAAGCAAUGGCACAAGGUUAAAUUUUGUAACUGUUAUUAGCUGAGGUUACACCUCGUAGAUGUGACUGAAUCCAUGUCCCUCAAAGCAGCCAUUUCCUUAAUUAUGCAUAACUUUAAAGCCCUUAAUUUAAUUUAUACAAAUUAUUUUUAUUUUUAUUUCAGCCCACCUUUGCACACAUUGUUUUGCAAAAGGUUUAACUACCCAAAUAUUGACUUGUUGCCUCAGUUUGUUGCUUAGCCAAAUGCAUACAUGUUUUCUGUCAAAUAGUGGACCAGCAGUGGGCCAAAUGACACAAUUUAAAUAACUUUAAGGAUUUUUUCUUUAAUGUUUUUGUCCUAACCCAGAUAAUUUUCAUCCUUAAAUGUUAUAGCUUAUAUUAUGGUUUUAAAUUAAAGGGGCCCCUUUUUGAUGUCAACACAAUAUAUGAAAAAAAAAUACGACUUUGUUAUUAUGGUUCUAUAAAUGUAACACAUGUGAUGUAAGAAUGCUACUAGUUAGUUACGUGUCAUGUAUGAAGCUUAACUCAUGGAUUUCCCUAUAAUUGUCUCGCAUUUCUUGCUGGAGGUCAGGAGAAUGGGCAGACUUGUUAGAGAUGAUAGAAAGGCAACAGUAACUCAAAUAACCAAUGGUUGCAACCAAGUAAUGCAGAAUACCAUCUCUAAACUCACAACACGUGGAACCUUGACGAGCUACAGACCACAGAGACCACGCCGGGUGCCACUCCUGUUAGCCAAGAACCACAAACUGAAACUACAAUUCACACAGG